UGCCGUACAGGGGGGUCAUGUCCCUGUCCAAUCCCUUAUCCCAUGGGUCAAUGAAAGAUCUUGGCAAACUUGCAGAGUUGAAAGGACGGACACUUAUUCUUGACCGUCACUUCGAGACGAUAAAAACACAUAUGAAGGCGGGAAACUCCGUUGCGAAGGAGCGGUGGGACGCCAUCGAGAGCGCGUGGGGGUUGAAGCAGAACGGUAUCUUCGACGAAGGAGAGUGGAUCGCUCAGAUUGAUGUUGAAAUCCAGGGCAUUACCAGCAGCACCCGCCUGUCCUUGUCAUCCCAUCAAGAUGCCAGCAGCGCACGAGGUGCUGCUGCACCUUCUCAGCAUCCACCUGCUGCUGCAGCGGGUACCGCGAGGAGGAAGGUGGAUCGAGGGAAGCACGCCAGGGAGAGAGCUGCGAAAGGCACUUUAGGCGGCAACAUCUGCAACGCGUUCUCGAUUGGCAGCGGACAACCGAUUGAGCGGACUCGUGGUGGAGUGAAAGAGUUCGUAUCCGGUAUCAGCUUCCCGCCUCCGGCCCCGGAGUCCCGCCGAUCCUGCCCUCACUGUCCCAUGACCUUCGUGAACGAGCAAGGCCUUGGGAUACACGUGAGAACGCAGCACAGCAGUGCAAACAUGUCCAACGGCGUGCGGCUGCGGCGGAUGCUACGGAAGAAUCUCGAAGGGCGUGUCCUGCCGUGGGAAGAAGCCGGGCCUGGGCGUUGUUGGCACGUGAAGGUCGAUGAUGCGACGGGGGCGGCUUCGUUUGUCCUCCAGCGGAAGCGCUUUCUCGAUCUAGACUUGGAAAGCGACGGCUUUAUGGACCGCGAAACCAAGGAAACUCGUGGAGCUCCCAAGCGCAGGCGAUACGACUAUAGGUUCAAAGCCAAUGCUGUCAACCAGCUGCGCAUCCUCGAGGACAACGCCGCGGACCUCUGGAAGGAGGAGGAGCGCACGCCUCUUCAGUACUUAGAGGAUCGUCUCAAGGUUCACUACAGCAACAUCGUGAAGUGGGCCAAGGACGAGAAGGCCAUAGUCGCGGCGGCAGCAGACGACGUGAAGAAGAGCCUCCUCGCCAAGCAGCAGCCUAAGCGGUGGUUUCCUGAGGCAGAAAAGAGGCUUUACAAGAUGUUCGUGGAGCGGCGUAAGAGGAAGCUGAAGGUAUCGACCCUGUGGCUGACGAUCACGUUCCGGAAGCUCGUGCGAGAGAUGUAUCCCGGGGACCAACGGGCGGCGGCGUUCCGCGCAUCCUUCAGGUGGGCACGAAAAUGGGCCAAGAGGCACAACCUGUCCAAAAGACGUCGGACCAACCUCAAGAACAAGUCUGUUGAGGAGCGCCUACCAAAGAUCCAGCGCUUCCACCGACUGUUUCGCAAGCUCCUGCAAGAGCCGGUACGGUACAGGGCGCCCGAUGAGUCGGACGUAUCGGCGAUUACGACGGUCGCAGAGAGGGAGUCCAGAGUUCCCAAGUAUGGCCAAUUCCAGCUCUGGGAGCGUUGGAAUGUGGAUCAAGUGCCUUUGGCAUUCGUAAACGGGCUGCUCGAUACGUGGGAGGAGCGAGGUGCGAAGCGUGUCGCCAUCUCACAGCCCUUUCCUGGCCUAGAGAAAAGGCAGUGCACCAUGCAAGUCAUCUUUGGUCCGGGUGAGAAGACCUUGCGAAUUUCGGUGAUUUUCCGAGGCACGGGGAAGCGGAUCUCGCCGGUGGAGAAGGCCGCGUACCACAAGGACGUGGACGUGUUUUUCCAGGAGAGUGCUUGGGCCGACCAAAAGUUCUGUAUGGAGUGGGCUACAAGGUCCUACCGCGAAGGCCUGAUGCGCGGGCGGGGUGAGCUUCCCAAGGCGAGGUCCAUUCUUAUCAUGGACAACUUGCACGCGCAGACGACGGACGACUUCAAGGAGUAUCUUCCGAAGGAGUGCAACACUCUCGCCUGGUAUGGCCCUUCGGAGUGCACGGACGACGUACAGCCAGUUGAUGCAGGAGCCGGACGAUUUAUCAAGGUGGAAGCUGGGAGGCAGAUGGACAUGUGGCUCGAGCAGUCGGACAACCUCGAGAGGCGGGAAACCGCGGCGCUGACAGCUUCUGAUCGGCGGGUACUGAUCACUCAGUGGAUUGGAGCGGCCAUGGCAAGACUCAACAGCCAACAGGCUUUCCGAUUCCGCCUUUUCGAAAAGUGCGGCAUGGCCAUGACUGUGGACGGCUUAGGCAAUGAUCGGAUCACCUUGGAGGGUUUGGACAAGCNAGGCGGCACGUCUCAAACCCAGACCGAUGAGCUAGCUCUUCUCAACGUCGACGACAGCAUGGACCCACAAGACCCGGAGGACGAGACACAAGGAAUGGAGAUCCCGACAGGCUUUCGCAUUCAAGAAGUUAAACCCGUUGCUCUUGACAAAUUGCUUUUGCGACGUGGAGUGCUCGUUAGGCUGGGGAUGGGGUGGUUUGGAGGGUUGAUCAUUCAGCAGUCUCAGCAGGACACUCGCCACCUGUACGACUACUGUGUGCAGCUGGAGGUAGACCAGAGUACGCGCAAGAUGAAGCUGCCCUUAGACAAGUACACCGGAGAUCUGGAUGCGGCGGUAGGCUCCUGGGUCUUGCUUGAGGGCGUUAGUAGGUCGGGGAGGGUACGCAGGACCAACGUCACCCUUGUGGACCAAAACGGUUGA